AUGGAUCCAAUCUUGGGAACAGUACAACACUUCCCCGGUCGUCAGUCUUGCCCGCCAUCCCAAGUUAGUAUUAGAAAAGCAGAAGGGUCCCAGGGUUGUUUAUCGUCUCCCCCCACAAUUUAUACUGCAGACAACGUAAAUCCGUGUACGCCGCCUGGUAGAACGUUUUUGGAUGAGGAGGGAGAUACCCCAGUUUCUGAAUCUUUAGCUGAAUCCGUGAUGAAAAGAAGGCGAAAGGGUAUUUACUUCUAUCGCCCACUAGUAUGGAAGUCAUCCCCUGCCAGUGGUAACGCUGUUGUUAUUUCUUCUAAGGAGAACGACGAUGAAAUGGAAGACAAGGAAGAGUGCUUUUGCGGCAGUACAUUCAAUGAUCUCGCUUCUGAAAUUUGCACGACAUCUGCUUUCGGUUCGCCGCUAAAAUAUACAGUAGCGAACUCAUAUUUUUAUCUUAUGCGUUCGCCGGCCGAUAGAAACGACGGCGUACUGUCGUUGGACGAAGAGCCUUUGAUUAAAAAACCUCUUCUCGCGUAUCCCAAAUUUUCUACGUCAGGCUUGAAAACGCCCUUCGAACACAAUAGGCCUAAAAUGGAGUCAUUGCGUCCCAUCAUACCUUCGCCAAGCUUGUCUGAUCAGAUAGCCGUUCCUAGUGUCCGUCCUCAGGCUCAACUCUACGAAGCUGCUGAGGAUACAAUAAAUCCUGCUCCCCCUGCAGUGUGCCGCCAUUGA